GAGGGAUGUCCGUCUCCAUUCUCUUUCCAGCUGGAGGGUUUCUUCCCACCUCAUUCCAUUACUUCCGCCCCCCACCCUUUCAUCUUCUCCUUCGUAAACUCUUCCUCCCAGUGGCCGCUGAAUCCACUAUUCCUGUUCUGCCAGUCGUCCUGUGAAGGAAGGGACCGGGACCAAGGGAAAGCCUCUCUUCAGGCCGCAUCGAUGAGCGCGCUAGGACUGUGAGAAAGUACCGAGCAGGCCUCACGCUCUCUGCUAUUUACUGAAUAACCACAGCGUAUGAAGUUGUUGAGUCCUAUGCGGAUAGAAAAGGUUUCUAGGAAUAUGAUCGAAAAUUUUGUCCGCCUGUGUCACACAGACAGAAUGUCUAGAGAAGUAUUUAAUCCUUGAACAUUAUACCCCAGGCACUACACUGGACACUGAGAAUAUGACCUACAGUAGUUAGUAUAAGUGCUACAGCAGCUCAGAAGAGUUGAUAAUUAAGACUGACUGGGGGAUGAUAAGGACUUGAGAGACAGAUGUCAUUUGAACUACGCCUUCCCGGGUGAAGAGGAUGUUUUUGUUUGUGUCUGUGUGUUUAAGAGAAGACAAAUAGAAAAUAAUUUCGGGGAGAGAUUGCUGGUUGAAGGGAAAGACCUAGUAAUUUGGUGUGGCUGGAUAGUACAGUAUGUAGCAGGAAGGGUAGGUUAGAAGGAUCAAGUAGGUUGUAACCAGAUUGUGUAGUGUUUUAAAUUCGUACUAAGGGAUUUAUGUUUUGUCCUUUAGGCUUUUAGCCGGUGAUUUUUGAGCAGGGAAAUUACAGAAUCAGAUUUGUGUUUUAGAAGUAUAAUUUUGGGGGCAGAUGGACUAGGAUGAACUAGGGCACGCACAAGUCAAGCAAAUGUGGAAAGAUUAGAGGUAGAGAAGUUAAUUUUGGAAGCCUUUGGCCAAGGGAUAUUUAGGGCACUGGCAACAGAGAUAAGGAGAUAGGUUUAAGACAGAUAAAUUCAGCACGGUUUGGUGACCGGACGUGGUAGGACAGAGGAGGAAAAAUCCAGGGUUACUCAAAAAUCAAGAAUACAGAAAAUGGAAGUUCAUGAGGGAAGUGAAGAUACUGAGUUCAGUUUAGGACGCAGUUUAGGGUACUUCGUAGACAUCUAAGUCGUGAAAUCUAGCAGAAGCUGGAAAUUCAAGUUUAGAACCUAAGAGAGGCUUAAGGAGUCAUUGGCUGUGAUGAUUUGGGAAUAAAUGCAGUUGUUCAUCUGGCAAACUAUUUGUCUGUUUCCUCCUACUAGAAUGUUAGCUCCAUGAAGAGUGGGACUUUGCUUUGUUCAGUACUUUAUCUCCAGGGUCCGGAACAGUGCCUGGUGCACAAUGGGCCCUCAAUACAGAUUGAUUGAUUGAUUGAACGGGACGAGAGUGUAUAGACCAGCACCAUCCAGUAGAACUUUCUUCAGUGAUGGAAAUGUUCCAUAUCUUGCUGUCUGAUAUAGUAGCCACUAGGCACUUUUAAGUUGAUGAGCUCUUGAGCACCUGAGGUUUGACUAAGUGCAAUUGAAGACGUAAAUUUUUAUUUAAUUAAUUUAAGUUUAAAUAACUACAUUUGGUUAAUGACUACCAUCUCGGACAGUGUAAAUAUAGACUGAGAAAAGGGCCAAAUGUGUAGGCUUGGGUUCUACAUAACAUCAGGGGCAAACAGAGGACGUAGAGCCUGAGAAGAAGACUGUGGAAAAAAGCCAUCAGAAGAUGCUCUCCAAAUCCUUGGUUAUGGAAUAUUUGGCUCAUCCUGGUGCGCUCAGCUUGGCUGCCGGAGUUGUUUGUGGCAUGUUCGUGGGCUGGGGCCUCCGCACACACUUUGGGCUGACCCCCGAAAGCUCAGUGAGCAAGACAGACACAGAGACUGGAACUGAAGCAAGCAUCUUAGGAGAAAGUGGAGAGUACAAAAUGAUUCUUGUGGUUCGAAAUGACUUGAAGAUGGGAAAAGGGAAAGUGGCUGCCCAGUGCUCUCAUGCUGCUGUUUCUGCCUACAAGCAAAUUCAACGGAGAAACCCUGAAUUGCUCAAAGAGUGGGAAUAUUGUGGUCAGCCCAAAGUGGUAGUCAAAGCCCCUGACGAAGAAACUCUGGUUGAAUUAUUGACCCAUGCAAAAAUGCUGGGACUGACUGUAAGUUUAAUUCAGGAUGCUGGACGCACUCAGAUUGCACCAGGCUCUCGAACUGUCCUAGGGAUUGGGCCAGGACCAGCAGACCUAAUUGACAAAGUCACUGGUCACCUAAAACUUUACUAGGUGGAAUUUUGUAUAAUGAUGGUCCCACCACCACAAAUAUUUGAAACUGUCAAAUUAACAAUAAAAGCUGAAUGUCUUCCCCCAACUUAA